AUGGGCCCCGCAUAUGCUGUGUCUUCCGAGCCCUGUGUGGCCUCCGAUUCUACGGAAAUGCCUAUACCGCAGCAAAGUAUGCCGCAGGCUCAGGCAGCGGGCAUGGACACCGCACCAGUCCCUUCUACUAUUCAGCGUGAAACCGAUGCAUCGGCGAACCUCUGCACCUUGGCCCUUUUACACGCCGUUAUGGGGAUCACGAUGUCGAUGAGAGCUCUCAUCUCCCUGAACCCGGAAUUGAAUGAGCUUGGCCCUGCAGCUAAACAUUGGGAAACGAGCGUAAACACUCUUAUCGCACACAAGUCGGCGGCAGCCAGCGGAAACGACUCUUUAGCCCAACACUUGCAGAUCAUUCGACAGUUCAUUGGCUCAGCGGCAUUCGUCCCAUCUGCAGCGCCGAGUGAGAGGGCACUGGGGCCAACACUGGACACAAGUGCAAGCACGAUGCAUACGCUAGAUGACUGCACCAUUACUCCAGCACCGAGUCCCGCGACAGCCACUACGGUCAAUCUUUCCGAGUCUCAGCAGCAUCCGUUGUUGGUUUGUAUCAAUCCGUCGAAAACCACCGCACCUCACAACGAGAGCAUGGAGGAACCUACCGAUCAACGUACUGUGGGUUUGAGGAGCGCUGACGAGGGAUGUAGCGAUGGUGAAAACACAGCUGUGGAGGGCUAUGGGUUAGCAAUGUAA